AUGAUUGAAUUCAAAUACGCUCCUACUCAGCGCCAUCUCAUGCGACGCCGUAACCAUUUAUAUCGACGCCUAGAAAAUGAAAACUUGAAUCAUAUUGUCCGACAUGAGUUCAAGUACAUUAAUGCUAUAUCCAUUGAGGUUGACAAACCAUCUGAAGCGCUCAACUACUUGAAGACUUUACAUGACGUUAAAAGAAUUUGGCCAGUGAGCUUGAUCUCGAAACCAGCAAUGGAAAUACAACAUGGUGGCGACUCUGGAACAUUGACGGCUGCAAACAACAUGACCGGAGUUAUUCGAGUCCAAAAAGAAUUGGGAUUGACUGGCAAGGGUAUGAAAGUUGGCGUUAUUGAUACUGGCGUUGACUAUACGCAUCCUGCACUAGGAGGUUGUUUUGGUUCUUCGUGUAGAGUAGCUUAUGGCCAUGAUUUCGUUGGUGAUAUGUACGACGGAACAAACUCGUUCUCAGAAGAUUCCGAUCCAAUGGACAAUUGUAACGGACACGGUACUCACGUUGCAGGCAUUAUUGGAGCUCAUGAUCCCGAAAGUGGAUUUGUUGGAGUGGCUCCAGACGUUACAUUUGGAGCUUAUCGUAUAUUUGGAUGCACUGGAAGUACUGCUGACGAUAUCAUUAUGAAGGCUAUGGAGAUGGCAUUUGACGACGGAAUGGAUGUAAUUAACCUGUCUCUUGGAGAUCAAGGAUGGGCUGACUCUCCUACUGCUGUCUUAGGAAAUGCCCUGGCAGAUAAGGGUAUGGCAGUUGCAGCAGCAGCUGGAAAUGCUGGUGAUAAAGGUGCAUUCCAAGUCGGGGCCCCGGCCGUCGGACAUCAUGUCGUGUCUGUUGCAAGUGUCGAUAAUGCGAAGGUCCUUCAAUUCGCUAUCAUUGUCAACGGAAAGGAAUUCUCUUAUGUAACAGAAACAGGACACCCGAUCAACGCAAAGACCGCGGGAAUUGUGGCAACAUCAUCGGAACCCAACAAAUCUGGAGAUGGUUGCAGUGCAAUUCAAACCGACCUGACUGGAAAGUUCGCUCUGAUAAGCAGAGGUGGAUGCUUUUUUGAUGAAAAGGCUCUGAACGCGCAAGCUGCUGGUGCCGUCGGUGUGCUCAUCUAUAACAAUGAUAUUGGUAUUUUGACUCCGGCUGCGCAUGAUGUAAAGCUGAAGAUUCCAGUGGUAGGACUUUCUAAGGAAGACGGUUUGGCUAUCUUGCAAAUGCUCAGCAGCUCUGAAAAAGCGACUGUCGAGACUCCUCAGGAACACCGCUCUUUCGAUGUGCCUACAGCAGGUCUUAUCAGUAGCUUUAGUUCAUGGGGACUCUCUGCUGACUUGGACAUAAAGCCUGAAGUCAGUGCUCCUGGUGGCCAGAUAUUUUCAACCUUCCCAACCAAAAUGGGAUCUUACGCUACUCUAAGCGGAACUAGCAUGGCAUGUCCUCACAUUGCUGGUGUCAUGACUCUCAUCAGACAAGCAAGAGGGGGUGGUAGAGCUUUGGAUGCACUAACCUUGCGUACUCUGAUGAUGAAUAAUGCUCAGCCUUUCAAAGUAUUUCAAAAGGAUUACUUUGAUUCUGUUGCUCGCCAAGGUGCUGGAUUAGUUGAUAUUCAUCAAGCUAUUAAUUCUAAAGUAUUGGUUCAACCACAAAGCAUUGCAAUUGGAGAUAUCAAACAUUUAGCCGCCAAUAAUGAGUACAAGAUCACAGUUGAAAACAUCGGUCAAGACGCAACGGAAUUCAGACUCAAACAUUUAUCAGCAGCAAGCGUCCAGGCUUAUGGACCCAGUUCUUACUCUAAAUCAUUGGUCCCGUUAACCAAACCCCAAUAUACAAAUGAUCAAGGUUCGGCAGCUUCUGUAGAGUUUUCAGUAUCGGCCGUGAAUGUUCCAGCUGGAGGCAAAGUUGAGGUAUUGGUACGCAUUCAUCCGCCGGCCAAUUCCGGUUCCAUCCCGCCUACAAUCUACUCUGGUUAUCUUGUUAUCCACGACCAAAGAACCAAUUCCGAUGUGCAUGUUCCGUAUGCUGGACUUACUGCCAGUUUGCAUGACAUGGGAGUCCUUCUCCAAAACUCGACAUUGCCAAUGGUGGAACUGCCAACCAAGAACGUCAUUAGCAGCACUAGCCCAGGUUUGAUUGUCUUCCAGCUCUCCUCCGCUAGUGCGAUGGUGGUUAUCGAUGUGGUCAGCGCUGCUGAAAAAUCAAAGACCUUGGGAACAAUCCCUGGUGGCUAUGACACUUUCCUAGGUCGAAACGAUAUCAUGGAUUCGCACGAUAUUCUCGGUCUAGAGUGGCGUGGCAAUGUUGCUGAAUCAUUUGAGGCAGCUACUUCGCGUAACAAGCUGUUACCAACUUUGUAUUCCACCGGAACUCUCCGGUCGUCCUUCCACCACAACCUACGUGUCGCUUCCAAUGGUACCGUGCAUAGUCAGGCUGUGACAGGAGUCAAAGCUCUCCCGACUGGAAAGUAUCAUAUCAGAGUAUCAGCUUUGAAAAUGUUUGGAAACCCUGCAAACUCAGAGGAUUUCGAUACUUGGAUGUCUCCUGAACUUGAUGUUCAGAAUUAAAUAGAAGACCAUAAGAAACAGGUCAUACAAAUUGCAUAACAACUACCCAACUAUUCUCUAAAAGUUGUGAUAAAUAAACAAAGGAUAC